AGGCCUAUGAAUGAAUACUGUAAAUAGGUAACUUGUAAAUGUGUUAUGGGUAGCGUAAAAACAAGACUAAUAGUAGAUAACUGGUCGUAUAGCAUAUAAUUUUCUAAUAGAUAUGUUAUGUUGCAUUCUAUAGAUAUUAUAGUUUAAUUGCAGAUAAUUAUGGCAAAUUUAUCAAGUGGGCUUUUUUCAUAAGGUGAAUUAAUUCAUAACGCAAAAAAAUGAAUAGCGUCCCAAAAAUACGAGGGUCUUUCUUGAUUUUGCCAUUAGCCCUUGGAAUAGGAGUGGUAAUUACAUCUAUAGUAAUAUACAAGAUAUAUUUUUCCAAACCGUCUUCAUCAUCUAAAGGUAAAUCUAAGAAGCUUCUCCUUGAAGACCCACAAGUAAAAUAUAAACUGCCUUUAAUAGAGAGAGAAAUAAUAAGUCAUGAUACGAGGCGAUUCCGUUAUGCUCUGCCCGAGAAAGAUAUGGUUCUGGGCCUCCCGAUUGGGCAACAUAUCCACAUUUCUGCCAAAAUAAACGACGAAUUGAUAAUCAGAUCUUACACCCCAGUAUCGUCCGAUGACGACCACAGUUAUGUGGAUUUGGUGAUAAAGGUAUACUUCAAAAAUGUGCACCCGAAAUUCCCUGAAGGUGGCAAAAUGACCCAGCACUUAGAAUCAUUGAAAAUCGGAGACACUAUCGAGGUCCGUGGACCUUCGGGUCGCCUGCAAUACCUAGGCCACGGGAAAUUCUCCAUCAAGAAGCUCCGCAAAGAUCCUCCGGUGAUUAUUACGGCCAAUAAUGUUGGUUUGAUUUCUGGAGGUGUCGGUAUCACCCCCAUUUUACAGCUGGUCAGGCAUAUCGUUAAAGAUCCCACUGAUAAAACUAAGAUGGCCCUUUUGUUCGCGAAUCAAACCGAAGAUGAUAUUCUUGUGAGGAAGGAAUUGGAGGAGGUGGCGGAAAAGUAUGCGGACCAGUUCAAGUUGUGGUACACGUUGGAUAGACCCGGUCCCGAUUGGAAAUACAGUUCCGGUUUCAUAAACGAAGAGAUGCUCAAAGACCACCUCUUUCCCCCAUCGAAAGACACGCUUAUAUUAAUGUGCGGCCCUCCGCCGAUGAUAAACUAUGCCUGUUUACCGAACUUAGAGAAGAUUGGGCACGAUAAAGACCUUUGCUUCGCUUACUAAAAUAUUGUCGCACAUAUUGAUUCAUUUUUUAAUUUAGGUGUUAGCGGAGAGAAAUAUGUAUUGUAGGAUUGUUCUAGUUCUUUUGUUUUCACUGGAAUAUAAGAAUUUGUUGUUGAAUGUUGUUCACUUACUAGAAAUAAAGUACCAUUCUUUUUCAA